AUGACGAAUACCAGCUCGGAUCCCGAGGCCUUCUCGAGCCAGACCUAUGACUAUCUCAUCGUUGGAGGAGGAACAGCCGGUCUGGUCGUUGCUGCUCGUCUGACAGAGGAUUCAAAUGUCACGGUUGGUGUACUGGAAGCUGGCAAGAAUCACUUGGAUGAUCCGUUGGUCGAUACGCCCGCAGCCUUCAAGGACAUGAUGAUGAAGGAAGACUACGAUUGGGGGUUUCUCACAGAACCACAGAAAUACAACAGCAACCUCAACCAUCACAUUCCACGGGGCAAGAUGCUGGGAGGAAGCUCGGGUUCAAAUUUCCUAAUGUAUGUCCGAGGCUCCGAUCAAGACUACGACGACUGGGCCAUCAUUACCGGCGACGAGACUUGGUCGAGUGCAAACAUGAAGCCUUACAUGCGAAAGCACCAGACCCUCGAUCCGAUUGACGAGGCGGCCGCAUUUGAUCGUUCACUGUGCCCUUUCGUCGGCGAAAACCAUGGCACGUCUGGCCCUAUACACACCGGCUUCAACGAUACCUUUUUCCCCAUUGAGGCGGACCUCAUCAAAGCCUUUGACGACGUUACUGGCAUGGACAAAAGACCCACGGAUCCUUACUUUGGCGAUCACAUUGGUUUCUACCACACGCUCGGCUCGAUCGCGCGAACUGGUCCCCACAAAGGCAAGCGAUCGUACGCAGCCCGAACAUAUUUCGAACCUAACGCCCACCGACCGAACUUGCAUGUUCUCACCGAGGCGACUGUCCACAAGAUCGAGCUUGAAGGAACCACGGCCACUGGCGUUACUUUCUCACACGGCGGAAAGAUCUUUACGGCUCAUGCCAAUGGCGAAGUCAUUGUGUCCUGUGGUGCGAUUCAGUCGCCUCAGAUCCUCGAGCUUUCCGGCAUUGGCGAUCCAGACGUGUUGAAAAGUGCCGGCGUAGAGUGCAAAGUCGCCAAUCCAGCGAUCGGCAACAAUCUGCAGGAUCACGUCCUCAGUGCUGUCGGAUGGGAAAUGAAAGAGGGCAUACUCACGCUCGAUAGUCUGGCCCGCCCGGACGUCAUCCAAGCCGCACAAAAGCAACUUAUUGAGGACCAGAGUGGACCUCUAACUUGCACCUCGACGACACACGGAUUCUUCCCGUACAAGAAAUUUGCGACUCAAGCCAAACAAGAUGAAAUCAUCAAAUCCAUCGAAGCCAGCAUGUCAGAUGCCACUACUUUCCAACAGAAGCAGUACGCACGCAUUAUCGCACAUCUCAGAGCGGACGAUUCUGCAAACCUGCAAGUGGUGGUAGUGCCCAUAAGCUGUGGAUACGAAGCAGGAGUCGCGGAUCAAAGGAAGCUCCUCCGCGCGCCGGACAGCCUGGAUGCACUCAAUCAAGUCAUGGUGAUAAUGGCCCUGCAAUACCCAGUCUCUCGCGGCAGCGUCCACAUCAAGACCGCCAACGUGGAAGACCAUCCUGCGCUGGACCCAGGCUUUCUGUCCCAUCCAGCAGAUGUGGCGGUGUUGGGAGCCGGCAUCACCAUGCUCGGCCGAAGCGCACAAUCGCCACACCUGGCCGACAAGAUCUCGAGACAGGUUAAGCCAGCUCCGGAGGUAGAUAUCUGUGAUCCAGACCAAGCCGAAGCAUGGGUGCGCCAGUGGAUCCUGUCGGAAUACCACCCGUGCGGCAGUGUUGCCCUGGGAGACGCCCUGGAUACCCGACUUCGAGUCAAGGGAGCGAAGAACCUGAGAGUCAUCGAUGCGAGUGUCUUUCCGAAUCAUGUUUCGGGAAACAUCCAGAGCUCCGUGUACAUGGUGGCGGAGCGAGGGGCCGACAUCAUCAAAGAGGACAGGGCGGCGGCUGUGGUGCAGGGUUAG